GUGAUGUCAAUAUCUGUGUUAAGACCCGGAUAUUAUUCACAACCUGCACACAGUUCAAUCAGCAGAGAGGCGGAGUGGUGAUGAGUUGGUGCAUCCAUGAACGCACGUCGGCGACACGGUCCUAGAAGCAGCCAGGACGGGGUGUACACUGGGCCGUCUCAGACCCAGUCCCAGCUGGUCCAGCAGCUGGAAACCCCCCUGGCUGUCCCAGCACCCAUAGCCCCUGUUGUAGACACAUUCAGCAUGUCCUGCCGAGACCGUACCAGUGAGUUUCAGUCUGUGUGCAAGUCCCUGCAGGGGAGACAGAAUGGAGCACAACCUGUCAGAGCUGUCAACAGUGCAGUCAGACAGCGGAGUGAAUUCACGCUCUUGGCUAAGCGAAUUGGAAGAGACCUCAGCAACACUUUUGCCAAAUUGGAGAAGCUCACAAUCCUUGCCAAAAGAAAGUCCCUUUUUGAUGACAAAGCAACUGAAAUCGAUGAACUCACUUACAUUGUGAAACAGGACAUUAACAGUCUAAAUAAGCAGAUAGCUGGCCUGCAGGAAGUCGUUCGAUCACGGAGUGGACAGAAUGGCAGACAUCUUCAGACACAUUCCAACACCAUCGUAGUCUCAUUACAGUCCAAACUGGCUUCGAUGUCAAGUGACUUCAAGUCAGUCCUGGAAGUCAGAACAGAGAACUUAAAACAGCAGAGAAGCAGGCAAGAGCAAUUUUCUCAGACUCCUGUCUCAUCCUCCUCUUUCCACACCAACAGCUUCAACAAUUCGGUGCUUAUGCAGGACGACUCCAAGAAGACGGAUAUAUCUAUAGAUAUGGACCUCAGCUCCAGUCAGCAGAUGCAGUUAAUCAAUGAACGGGAUUCAUACAUUCAGAACCGUGCAGACACUAUGCAGAAUAUAGAGUCCACCAUUGUGGAGCUCGGCUCCAUAUUUCAGCAGCUGGCUCAUAUGGUGAAAGAACAGGAAGAGACCGUACAGAGAAUUGAUGCUAAUGUAGAGGACACUCAGCUGAACGUGGAGCUAGCGCACUCAGAGAUACUCAAAUAUUUCCAGUCUGUGUCCAACAACCGCUGGCUGCUCAUCAAGAUGUUCCUAAUCCUCAUCAUUUUUUUCAUUGUCUUUGUGGUUUUCAUGACCUGACGUCCACUCUUGAGAGGGGCAGAUUUAAAAGGAAUGAGAGGGGCUGUUCUCUCAGUCUUCUUUUUUCUCUUCUCUGCUCACUGGCCGGUGAGCUCUGUUUUAGUGAUCGUUUUCCUCAAAAUAGAUGGCAUUUAAUAUUUAUAAGCCUCAAUUCAAUAUAGGCAGAGCAUUUGUCAGUUUGUAGUCGAUUUACAACAGUUUGUCCAUUUAAAUUUCAAUCUGAUAUGUUUCUGUAUCUGUAGAGCAAACUCUUGGAAAUGAUUGUCCAUAAUUAGCUUUUCUAAAUCACACAGAUUGCAGAGAUAUCCUUAAGUAAAGCCAGCAAUCGUCUCAUGGAUAAAGAACCACCAUUUUAACAAAUUCUGGGUGACUUUUGAUUGGUAUUAAUCAUAAUACACCCCUUUAGUCAUCAUGUGUUCUGAGACCUUUUUAUGCAUUUGCAUUUUUUCUCUCUGUUGUCUAAAUAUUAUUUUAGAGAAGACUUUAUGCAGGGAUUUGUAACAGAAUCCCUCUUAUAUUCUGCCUGCUGCAGUAGACCACCAAGCCAUCUCAAAUGACAGUAAUGCUUCUACACGUUUAUGGUGACUGACUAGAGGUUUUUAAUGUGUAUUCUUUCUAGUUUGGAUUUUGGAAUCGAUUACCACUUUUGCACAACUUGUGAAUACAGCUAGUUCAGCAGGUGAGAAAUCCGUAUUUGGAGCUAGUGAAAUUUUCCAACUUUUGGCCAUGAAUCAUGAAAGUUAAACAAUUCAGACAGGAUUUAUUUUUAAUUUCAUUGGGUGUUUUAAUCAUCCUUCGUAAGCUUGUUUGUACACUGCGGUUCAGCUUGUCAGUAUUUCUCUGUGUACGGUCUCAGGGGGUCCAUGAGAAUACUGCUUUCCAGAUCUCAACGUAAAUGGUGUUUUUUAGAGAAUACACUCAUUUGUGUUUAACUGGACUUUGAGAUUGGGGGAAAGUCCCACCCCACCAUUUGUGAAAUGCAUACUGU